AUGGCUCCUUCAACUUCGUUCCUCGUGGCGCUCGCCAUCGGCACUGCCUCCCAGGCCAGUGCGGCCUCCAAGGCGGUCCCCGUCGCGGCCACAACAGUCCCAACAGCCAACUCUGUGGCCAAUGCUCCCUUCUUCGACAGUGAAACUCAUCAACUUACAGAUGGCGUGCUAGCUCAGCUGCAGUCUACACUGGGCAAUUCUACCGCCCUCUUCGAGUUCGGCCGGAAUACCUCCAUACAGGCCCUCUCAUCAGGCGAGUGCAAGGUCUUCCCUAGUGAUGCAGCCUGGCCAUCCGACUCGACAUGGUCACUAUUUGACCAGCUGCUGGGCGGCACACUCAUCAAGACAGUCCCAUUAGCCGCAUCUUGUUAUCCAUCUUGGCCCGAGUACAAUAAAACUGAGUGCGACUAUGUUUCGGACGACUGGACCAUCUCCUACCUCCAUGCAGCAGAUCCCGCGUCGGUGAUGUGGCCGCUGUUCGAGGGCCGCAGUUGCUUGCCACCCGACCUGACAUCCGAAUCUUGCACGUUGGGGGGCUACAGCAGCUACGCCGUUAACGUAAGCACGGUAGCGCAAAUCCAGCUGUCCGUCAACUUUGCCCGUAAUACUGGUUUGCGAUUAGUCGCCAAAAAUACCGGUCAUGACUUCAAUGGCAAGUCUACUGGCGCCGGAGCCCUCGGCGUCUGGACGCAUCACCUCAAAGACAUCGACUAUUACGAGGACUAUCAGCUUGGCAACUAUAGCGGUCCCGCGGUGAAGAUGGGUGCUGGUGUUCAGGCGUUCGAAAUUUAUGAGAAAGCUAACGAGCUUGGCUUCACUGCGGUAGGUGGCGAGGGCAAGACUGUGGGCGUGGCCGGUGGCUACGUGCUUGGAGGAGGUCAUUCGCCUAUGUCGAGUGUGUACGGAUUGGCUGCAGAUCAAGUGCUGGCACUGGAGGUAGUCCUUGCUGAUGGCCGCUUUGUCACCGUUACCGAGCAAUCAGAUCCUGAUCUCUUCUGGGCCCUCCGUGGUGGAGGUGGUGGUACAUACGGCAUUGUCACCUCCAUCAUCUCUCGUGUCUACCCCAAAGUGCCUGUCACUGUCUCAACCUUCUCGUUCACUACUGGUACCAAUGUCUCGGCUGAUGCCUUCUGGGCGGGUGUGAGCGCGUACAUGAAACGCUUUCCGGUUAACGCCGAUGCUGGAACAUACGCCUACUUCUGGGUCAUCUCGACGGGAACUGACGCGUUUGAGUUCCUUAUGAACCCCUACUUUGCGGUUAAUCACACCGUAGCCGAGUUCAACUCUCUGAUGCAGCCAUGGUUUGAAGAGUUGCAUCACUUGGGCAUCUCCUUCCAGCCAAACACGACCUACUACGACAACUUCUAUGACGCCUGGAACGCGGGCUUCCCGCUAGAGACCGUCGGUUCGGUGACCAUGAUGACCGGAUCCCGACUGUUUCCACGCGCCAAUUUCGAGGAUCCGGCCCGAUUCAACCAGACUGUGGCUGCUUUCCGCUCCACCGUGUCGGCCGGUUACUCCUUGCUGGCCUUUAACCUGAAAGCCGACUUGCUCGAUGGAGUUUCCCCAAGCUCGGCCAACCCAGCCUUCCGCAAGACCCUGAUGCAUGCCAUCACGUCGACCAGUUGGUCAAGCAAUGCCACCAAUGCCGAGAUUCUGGAGGAGAUGGAACACUUCACCUACGAUAUCUUGGGAGAGUGGCGGCGCACUUGCCCGGAGGCGGGCGCCUACAUGUCCGAGGCGGAUGUCAUGGAGCCGCACUUCCAGCAGGCAUUCUAUGGCUCCUACUAUGAUCGCCUGUAUGCCCUGAAGCAAACGUAUGAUCCUACAGGACUGUUUUACGCACCGACUGGAGUAGGUAGUGAGGACUGGAAGGUGCACAGCUCGGAUGGGCUGCCGGAUCAGAAUGGCCGGUUAUGUAAGGUGUGA